AUGGCCGCCGACGCCAAACCCCCUAACGACGCCGAGCACGAUGACGAGAAAUCCCCCACCACGACCCAAGAUACCCAAAGACCCCAGCGAACACCAAAGGUUGCCGACUACAUACGAGUCUUCAGUUACGCUACAAAAUGGGACUUCUUUAUCUACGCCCUUGCCUCUUUCGCAUCCAUUGGCGCUGGAAUUACCAUGCCGCUCAUGAACAUCAUCUUUGGUCAACUCGUCAAUCAGUUCACAGACUACUUCAGAGACACCUCAAGCUUUCCGACCGAUAAGUUCCAAUCCAUCUUGAACCGACAGGCGCUUUACAUCAUGGCCCUGUUCUUGGGGCGCUGGGGCCUCAACACCAUCAACAAAUACUGCUUCCGAAUGAUUGGCAUCCGACUCUCGUCCGCUAUUCGUCUGCAUUACCUUCAAUCUCUCUUUUCACAGUCCAUCCACGUCAUCGACUCCAUGCCUGCCGGCGCACCUGCUACUGCCAUCACUGCAACGUCUAAUACCCUUCAAGUCGGCAUCUCAGAGCGACUAGGCACGUUUCUGGAGUUCAACGGCACCAUCUGGGCCGCUAUCAUUGUCGCCUUCGUGUGGAGUUGGGACAUCACCCUGGUCACUGCGUCUUUGAUCCUUUACAUGAUGGUCAUCCUGUCCAUCUCCAUGCCAAUUCUCGUCAAGGGCCAGACCGCGACUGGGCAGGCAGACGCUCAAGGUACCGCUAUUGCUAGCGAAGCUCUCCAAGGGAUUCGGCUUGUCACCGCUUGUGGCGCUCAAUCCCGCGUGAUGGCUAGAUACAGAGUCUGGGUCGAAAAGGCUAUCGAGGAAGGCCAAAAGAUGGCGCCCUUCAUGGGUCUUCAUCUCGGCAUGAUUUUCUUUGGAGUCUUCGGCACUUUCGGUCUUGCCUUCUGGUAUGGAACGCGACGAUACAUCUCCGGCGCCAUUGACAGUCCCGGAGUCAUUGUCAUUGUUCUCAUGUCCGUCAUGUUGAUCCUCACCUCUCUCGAACGUAUCGCCACUCCUCUCAUGGCUGUUAGCAAAGCCAUGGUUGCUGCAUGCGAGUUCUUCACUGUCAUCGAUGCUCCCAUCCCGUCCUCUGGCUCCCUCCAUCCUGACAUCACCUCUUGCGACAUUAUCUUCGACGACGUGACCUUCGAAUACCCCAGCCGUCCUGGAGUCCGUAUCCUAGACGGGCUCAGCUUCUCCAUUCAUUCUGGACAAAAUACAGCUAUAGUUGGUCCUUCAGGCUCAGGAAAGAGUACCAUAGUGGGGUUGCUUGAACGCUGGUACUCCUUGAAGGAACACCACGUCUUGCCUCAAGUCGUUGAGCCCAAACCUCAAAAGAAGGCCGGCGAGGAGCCUGAUGAGCAGGACCAGUCUGAGGAAGAGACUCCUGUAGUCAACCCAACUUUGGCUGGCUCGGUUUCUAUCGGCGGGAACAACCUCGAAGACCUUGAUCUCAAAUGGUGGCGUUCACAUAUCGGUUUGGUGCAACAGGAACCCUUUCUCUUUAACGAUACAAUUUUCAACAACGUCGCCCAUGGUCUUAUCGGCUCUCAAUGGCAAGAUCAGCCUGAAGAGCAGAAGCGCCAGAUGGUUAGAGACGCCUGCCAAGAAUCCUAUGCCGAUGAGUUCAUCAACCGCCUUCCUGAUGGUUACGAUACGCGAGUCGGCGACGGCGGCGCAAAGCUGUCGGGCGGCCAGAAACAACGCCUAGCAAUCGCAAGAAGCAUCAUCAAAAAGCCCAACAUCAUCAUCCUUGAUGAAGCCACCAGCGCCAUUGACGCGAAGAGUGAGAAGAUCGUGCAAGCUGCCCUCGAUAGAGCCACGCAAAACCGUACAACCAUCACCAUCGCGCAUCGACUAUCUACUAUUAAGAAGGCCGACAACAUCAUCGUGCUGCAGAGUGGGAAAGCGGUUGAGCAAGGCACACACGCGGAUCUCAUGACGAAGGCCCAUGGAGUUUAUGCCUCUCUUGUCAGAGCGCAGGCUCUGAAGGUUGCUGAUGAUCAGGAAGAGAAGGGCGCUCUUGUGUCGGACGAUGAGUCUCACAAACAUCAUCCUGAUGCCAAGCUGGCUGAUGUCACUGCGACUCCCGCCCAAAAAGAAACCCUUAAGAAGCCUCGAGGGCUCUUCAAAAGUUUCGGAAAGCUACUGUACGAACGAAGACAGAAGUGGCCUAACUUCCUUGGUAUUCUCUUCUCGUCUAUGGCCGUUGCAGCUGGUACUCCCAUCCAAGCUUGGCUCUUCGCGAAAGCCCUCGGGGUCUUCCUUCUUCAGGGUAGUGACUUGAAGAGCGAGAGCCAAUUCUGGGGGUUCAUGUGGUUCGCCCUCGCAGGAGGCGUUGGCCUUGCGUAUCUCUGUGAGGGCUGGAUCGGAUUGCGAGUCCAAUACUACGUCAGCGGAGUGUACAAGUCCCAGUACCUCAAUGACAUGCUGUAUCAGAAACUCUCCUUCUUUGAUCAGGAAGAUAACUCUCAUGGGUCUCUGAGCUCUCGCGUUUCGAGUGACGCAAAACAGCUUGAGGAACUUCUUGGCAUCAACCUCGCACUUAUGCUCUCCGCCCUCUUCAACAUCACUGGGUGUGUCAUCAUUUCCCUCGUCUUCGGUUGGAAACUCGGGUUGAUCUCCAUGUCCGUCGCUCUGCCGCUGAUGAUCGCUGGCGGAUGCUGGAAGUACAAGCAUGAGGUUCACUUUGACAAGAUGAACGCGGCGGUCUUCCAAGAAAGCUCCGCAUUCGCCACCGAAGCCAUUGAGGCUAUCAGAACAGUGUCGUCACUUACCAUGGAGGAUUCGAUCAACAGCCGCUACCGCGACCUCUUGGAUGGGCAUGUAAAGGCGGCCAACCGAAAGGCUCAGUGGACGUCAGCGAUAUUUGGCUUCGCGGACAGUGUCGGUCUUGGCUGCCAAGCGUUGCUGUUCUGGUACGGCGGCGGUCUCCUUAUUAGCGGAGAAUACUCAAUGGAGGCGUUCUUUGUCUGCUUCAUGGCUGUCAUCCAGGGAGCAGAGGCUGGUAGUCAAGGGUUCGGACUGGCGCCAAGCGCUGCCCAAGUGACUGCUUCCGCUAACCGUAUUCUCGACGUGCGGCAAUCUGUUCAUCCAGACCGGCAUACACAUGGCAAGGACGGAGAGGGUAUCAAUGGCACUGAAGGCGGAGUCAAGAUUGAGUUGCGCGACGUCUCCUUCAAAUACCCCACGAGAGACGUUCCCGUCUUUGACAGGUUGAACCUUACCAUUGAGAAGGGCCAGUAUGCCGCUUUUGUCGGAGCAUCAGGCUGUGGCAAGACAACCGUUAUAUCGCUUCUCGAACGCUUCUAUGACUUGGAAACCGGCCAUGGUGCGAUCCUAUGCAACGGCCAAGACAUCAAGGAUACGAAUGUCUAUGAUUACCGUCAAGUUUUGUCUCUCGUAUCUCAAGAACCCGCCAUGUUUAGAGGCUCCAUCCGCGAAAACAUUCUCUUCGGAAUCGAUAAUCCAGAGUCUGUGGCCGACGACACAAUCCACCAAGUUUGUCGCGAUGCCUUCAUCCACGACUUCAUCGUCUCACUUCCCGAAGGCUACAACACGGACAUGGGCCACAAAGGUAUAUCCAUGUCGGGAGGGCAGAAGCAAAGAAUUGCAAUCGCCCGUGCCCUGAUUCGAGACCCGAAGAUUCUUCUUCUUGACGAAGCGACAUCAGCCCUUGACUCAGAGUCCGAGAAGGUUGUUGCGGCUGCGAUCGACACAGCUCGCAGCGGACGAACUGUCAUCUCUGUAGCUCACCGACUUUCAACGAUUCAGAAUGCAGAUGUCAUCUUUGUCUUUGACGAUGGAAAGGUCAUCGAGAAGGGUUCACAUACUGAACUCGUCAACAAGCAGGGCAUCUACUGGGAAAUGGUGCAGAACCAAGCUCUGGAUCAAUGA